AUGAGGAUUGACGCGCUGUCGGGAGGAUUGCUCCUCACGCAGCUUUUUGCAGCCUUGGUCUCUGGAAGUUCGAGCUCUAAUUCAAAGACCCCGCUUUACAAAGAUGCCAAUGCGCCUGUGGAGAAGCGAGUCAAGGACUUGCUGGGUCGUAUGACAAUUGAGGAUAAGAUGGCUCAGUUGAUGCAAGGCAUGUCCCUGCGAAAUCUUUCAGGAUUGAGCAGGAAGAAAGAUCUCGCUAACUCCUUUAGCAUUCUAGGAGAUGUGACGAAUUGGAUGAACUCCACCUCGGGAGCUUUCAACUACACCGGUCUAGUCGCCAACAUGGAGAUGAAAGCGGGCAUGUUUUACGUCGGAUAUGCCGUCCCUUGGGAUUGGGUUUCUGAGAACAUCAAGAGGGCACAAGAUUAUCUGCUUCAAAAUACCACUCUUGGAAUUCCGGCCAUUGUCCAGACUGAAGGAAUACAUGGUUUUUUAAUUGGCAAUGCGACUAUAUUUAAUUCCCCAAUUGCGUACGGUUGUUCUUGGAACAGAGAUCUCGUGCAAAAGAUGGGUGAGGUCAUCGCCCAGGAAGCCAAAGCCUUGGGUGCCAAUCAACUAUUCGCACCGGUGGUCGAUCUGGCUCGGGAGCUGCGAUAUGGACGGGUCGAAGAAACCUUCUCCGAAGACCCCUACCUCGCUGGUGAGAUUGGAUACAAUUAUGUCAAGGGCCUACAGAGCAAGAACGUCUCGGCUAUGGUCAAGCACUUCGUGGGAUUCAGUAGCCCUGAACAGGGACUGAAUACUGGUCCAGUCCAUGGUGGAGAGCGGGAGUUGCGCACAACCUGGAUGCCUUCCUUUAAGCGGGCUAUCAUCGAUGCCGGUGCAUGGUCUAUCAUGGCAGCUUAUCAUUCAUAUGAUGGAAUCCCUGCGGUUUCCGAUUAUCAUACGCUGACAGAAAUUCUGCGAAAUGAAUGGGGCUAUGACUAUUUUGUCAUGACUGACGCGGGUGGAAGUGACCGACUUUGUAGCUAUUUCAAAAUGUGUCAGAGCAGCCCUCUUGAUAUGGAGUCAGUAACUGAGCAGCUUCUGACUGCUGGCAUUGAUGUUGAAAUGGGCGGUGGUUCCUUUAACUUCCAGAAGAUCCCAGAGCUAGUUAAGUCAGGGAAGCUGGAUAUUUCGACUGUGAAUACGGCCGUGUCGAGAUUGCUUCGUGCCAAGUUCGAGAUGGGUCUCUUUGAAAACCCUUAUCCUGCUGCCCCAGAGAGCCAGUGGCACAAGUUGAUAAACAAUGCGGACGCCAAGCAGCUGGCAAGAGAUUUGGACAAAGAGUCUAUUGUCUUGUUGGAAAACCAUGACGCGACUCUGCCACUGAAGAAGUCAGGCAGCAUUGCAGUCAUUGGUCCGAUGGCCCAUGGCUUUAUGAACUACGGUGACUACGUUGUUUACCAGAGCCAGUAUCGAGGCGUUACCCCAUUAGAUGGCAUCAAGGCUGCCGUGGGCAACAAUGCUCAGAUCAACUAUGCCCAAGGAUGCGAAAGGUGGAGUAACGAUGAAUCAGGUUUUAGCGAGGCGGUUGAGGCAGCCAAGAAGUCCGACGUAGCCGUGGUAGUUGUUGGAACCUGGUCUCGAGACCAAGGUCAGCUCUGGCAGGGUUUGAAUGCUACCACCGGUGAACAUGUUGACGAGGACGACCUUGCACUGGUGGGCGCCCAAGGCCCUCUCAUCAGGGCUAUCGUCGACACCGGGGUUCCGACGGUUGUCGUUCUCUCGAGCGGCAAGCCGAUCACAGAUACAUGGCUCUCUAACACGACCUCUGCAUUGGUGCAGCAGUUCUAUCCUUCCGAAGAAGGCGGCAAUGCACUCGCCGACGUUCUGUUCGGCGACUAUAACCCGUCAGGAAAACUGUCGGUUAGCUUCCCCCGCUAUGUCGGAGACCUUCCGAUCUUUUAUGAUUAUCUCAACUCGGGCCGCUCAAUUGGUGACUCGGGCUAUGAAAUGAGUAAUGGGACUCUCGUGUUCGGGCACCAAUAUGUUCUCGGCAACCCUCUUCCGUGGUACCCAUUCGGUUAUGGCAAAAGCUACUCCACUUUCAAAUAUGGCUCCGUCAGUGUGGAUCGAAGCAAAGUUUCUGCGUCCGACAAUUCUAUCACCGUAAGUGUCGACGUGACCAAUACCGACACAAGUCGGGACGGAACAGAGGUGGUCCAGGUCUAUAUUUCGGACGACAUUGCCUCCGUGGUGGUACCCAAUCGCCAGUUGAAGGGCUUUGAGAAGGUCGUAAUUCCCGCGGGCAAGACGAAGACAGUCAAGAUUCCAAUCCGAAUUGAGGACAUUGGGCUAUGGAACUCUCGAAUGAAGUAUGUCGUUGAACCCGGAACUUUCACUGUCCUUGUUGGUACUAGUUCGGAGGACAUUCGGGGAAACACUACCUUUGUUGUGCAGUAA